UACAUUUCAAGAAGCAAAUCAAUUAGUGGGGGGAGUUUAAUCUAUGCAUGCAGCAUUGAUCUUAAAGAAUUACUAUAUGUCGGAUAUGGCAUCAUAAGUUAUAAUAUGUGAUUAUCUUUUGAGUGUUGUUUUUGGAAGGUGUUGAA